AUGGCUACUGCUGAUUACCACCCCCGCGUCGCCGGCCAGCCCUGGACUACCGACUUCCGCAUCUACCUCGAAGGCGACCAAAACCACGAACUCGUCUCCCCCUGGCACGACGUGCCGUUAUACACAGACGGCGGCAAAGCGGGGCAGGUAGUGAACAUGGUGGUGGAGAUUCCUCGGUUUGGGAAUGCGAAGAUGGAGAUCGCAAAAGACGAAUUCCUCACCCCCAUCAAGCAGGAUGUUAAAAAGGGUCAACUGCGCUAUGUCCCGAAUAUCUUUCCCUAUAAGGGGUAUGCGUGGAACUAUGGUGCUUUUCCGCAGACAUGGGAAGACCCCUCCCACAUCGACCCCGACACCCAAGCCCCCGGCGACGACGACCCCCUCGACGUAUGCGAAAUCGGCCGCGACGUCGGCUUCACGGGGCAAGUCAAGCCCGUCAAGGUUCUCGGCGCCCUCGCCAUCCUCGACCAGGGCGAGACGGACUGGAAGGUGAUCGCCAUCGACGUCACGGAUCCGCUGGCCGAGAAACUCGAGCACAUUGCCGACGUUGACCGCCACAUGCCGGGUUUUCUGGACUCGAUGAAGUACUGGUUCAGUGUGUAUAAGGUUCCGGAGGGGAAGCCUGAGAAUAGCGUUGCUUUGGGUGGAGAGGUUAGGGGGGAGGAAUUCGCCAUCUCCCUCAUCAACGACUGCCACGAAGCAUGGAAGACGAUCGUCUACAAUGAGGGCAAUCCCCCGCAUAAAGACUCACUAAAAGACAUCGGCGUCGUCGAACAUCGCGACCUCACCCACCGCAUCAGCCAGACUCCCCCCGUGGACACCAAGUCGCUGCAGCCGCCUGACAAGGUCAAGACGGACAGGUCGUUCUUCCUGCCGAGUUAUCAUCGCGAUGUGGGGUGGAAUGUGGCGAUGUAUGGGUAG